AUGUUUAAUCACGUUUCCUCAGGCUCUGUGGUGGGUGUGAAGGGUAACGCCGGUCAGUGUGUGUACAGUGCCAGUAAAGCCGGACUGGAAGGAUUCACAUGCUCACUGGCGAAGGAAGUUGCUACCCGGAACAUACGAGUGAACUUGGUGGCUCCAGGAUUCAUUCGGACGGACAUGACGGCAGGGCUGGAGAAGCAAGAAGCAGUGAGAAGAAUUCCACUGGGCCGUUUUGGGGAACCUGCAGAGGUGGCCCAGGCUGUCGUUUUCCUCCUGGAGUCUCCUUAUAUCACAGGACAGGUUCUGCUCGUGGAUGGAGGACUACAGCUGGCAUUGUGAUGAUUUCUGCCAGCAAAGCAUGUGAGCCGACUGCAUAUUUUUGCUAUGCUGAUAAUAUACAAUAACUGUAUUUACAGACUGUGUCAGAUCUUGCUAUUGUUUAUCACCUCCUCAUGGCUCUGUGGAAUUCUGAGUCACACGUAUCAUUGUGUAAGAGCAGUUUUGGUCCAUCUGGAUUGGAUUAAGGUUAUUUUUUAGUUCACUGGAGUUUUUGGGUUAUAGCUGCAUGUUUCAUACUUGGGAUGACAGAGGUCACAGGUCAAUGUGUGGAGGAUAUGACUCGCUUUGUGUUGUCAUAGUUAUUUUCAGCAUCCAAAUAAGCUGUGCUACAUUACACUUACAGAUGAAUUAAACCCCUAACUCAUAUAAAAAUAAUUUAAGAAAAAUAAAAUGGGUAGACUAAUUAAAAUGUAUUAAAUUCUGGCCUUUUCACCAUCAUAAAAAUACAGAUUAUCAAAAAAGCUAAUUCAUCUUUGAGAAAUGUUUUUGCCAAGAGCAACUGGACUCAACCCAGACUCAGUCAUUUCAGAGACAUUUAUUUAUGUACUAUUCAUAAACCAGAAGAGAAUGAGGAGAACAGUCCGUAUACAGGCACAGGUUGGCUUGGAAAACAGAAAAUACUGCAAGUAAGAAAGAACCUCCAAAUAGGUCUAUUUAAAGGGAAAACAGCGGUGUAAGAAAAA